GUCCUGGUCUACCUUAGUUCCUCGCCUACUCGAUAAUCCCCCUCCUACAAAACCGCCCUCGUCUAAACAUGUUCCUCCAAUCCUCCCAUUCCACCAAGCCGAAGCUGAAGAACACGUAUACGCGCAAACGGUCUUUGACGCGGCAGAGCACUGCACCCGGAGCACGGCCAGAACCUGCAGGAGAGGACAACAGCACGCCUAUCUCCGCUGACGUGGACCGCAGCUUUGCCCAAGACGAGCAGAACAUGGCCGAUGCGCAAGAGGAUAAUAGUGUUGUGGGAGACGAUCAAGACGAAAGCUAUAUCACAUCUGCAUCUCAGGCUGGCGGUGGAGCUCUGGAUGAGAGUACUGUAUCGGGCGAGGCGAUUGAUGCGCAACUGCAGCUGGAAUCCGCAUCUGCUAGCAAGCUGCCGGCCGAUUCCGAAGCAGCUGACGAAGUAGCUGACGACGUUGCUGAAGAGGUGGACGGCGACGUGGCUAAAGAGGUGGAUGGCGACUACGAAGUCGAGUACUUUCUGGCAGACGACUACAAACAGUUUCCGGGCUCCAAGGCACCUAGAAGGGCCCUCCUUACUAAAUGGCUACAUUUUGACCUGGUGAGCGACUUGACAUGGGAGCCGGAGUAUCAGAUGAAAAGGGACGUGCCAGAACAUGUCGCGGCUUAUUAUGAACUAAAGACGGGAAAGGCCCCGCGAAGAAGUUCGCCGAAGGUUAACAAGCCUCGAGUUCGUGCGCCGAAGACAAGCAAAGCUCGAGGCCGCCCUUCGAAAAUCACGAAAGCUCCUCGAGGCCGUCCGCCAAAGGUCGGAAAAGCCUCUUGAUGAGCUCCUGGAAACUGGCUCCUAAUACUAAAAGACCUGCAAGUUGAAUGCACGAAGGACUCAGGUUGGCAUUACAGUGGUCGUGAUAGACUAAUAGGCUAAUGCCUCCCCUAAUCACAGCAAGGGAAAGGAGGAAAAGGAGGACAAGGAUGACGAGACAACAGAGAGGUAAUUGACGAUUCCCAAGACGUGUUUAAGCCUAAACAACCAGACUACUAAACUUGUAGCUACAAAAUAAACUACAUAUAUCAUCUGUACAAUUAUAUAUCACCUGUA